AUGGCUUCCAAAGUAUUCAUUGUUACUGGCGCCAGCAAGGGCAUUGGCGCUGCCAUUGCUCAAUACCUUGUCAACCAAUCUCACAAGGUCGUGAUCACAGCUCGAUCAUCUGAGCCUCUGGAAGGAUUGAAGAAAUCGCAUCCUGACCAGGUUCAGUUUAUCGCUGGGGAUAUCGUUGAGCCUCAAAUGCCUACUAAGCUGGUAAACCUGGCUGUGUCUACCUUUGGCAAGGUUGACGGCCUUGUUGUUAACCACGGCAUGUUGAUACCCAACAAGUUCGCAGACACCUCUCUCGAAGAGUGGAAGAAGGUUUAUGAUAUCAACGUCUUCAGUGGUAUCGCCUUGGCACAAGCCGCAAUCCAAGAGCUACGCAAGUCCAAGGGGUGCAUCGUGUGGGUUUCAUCAGGAGCAGCAGCAAAGGAGUAUGCGGGAUGGUCAAGCUACGGUUCAUCAAAGGCUGCCUACAACUCCAUCUCUGGUCACAUUGCCAUUGAAGAGCCCGACAUCACAAGUGUUUCCAUUGCACCGGGUCGAGUGGACACCGAGAUGCAAGGCGUUAUUAGGUCAGGAGGCAAGGAAUCUAUGAACCAGGCACAGUACGAAUCAUUUGUCGAUGCCAAGGAGAAGGGCAUCCUGCUCAAGCCUGAACAACCUGGCAAUGUCAUGGCAAAGUUUGUCGCAGACCCGCUUAAGGAGCUGAGCGGAAAAUUCUUCUCUUGGAACUCACCAGAGGUUAAGGCGUACCAGGAAUAG